AUGUCAUUAAAUAAUGAUUCAAUACAACGUAAUAAAUCUAUUCUUCGUGAUACAGAUUCACAACGUUCACGUAUAACAACAAAUGAAUCACAUAUUUUUAAUUUACCUCCACCACCAUCAACAACAAAUCAUUCACUAUCAAUAAUUCGUACAUCACCUAUUCCAGGCAAUUUUAAUAUUUUACCACCACCACCACCACCAUCACCAUUAACAUCAGUGAUUAGUGAUACAAUGUCAACAUUUAAUAAAGAACGUUUACAUGAUGUUUUACAACAAGGUUUAGGUACAUAUGUAUUUAUUGAACAUUAUGGUCUUGUACCAAAAUUACAUCAUUUCUAA